AUGUCCAAACGCCUUGAGGGAAAAACGGUUCUCAUCACCGGCGCCUCAUCUGGCAUCGGACGAUCUACGGCCUUUGAAUUCGCACGCAUAUCUCCCCAGAAUCUCAAGCUCGUCCUGGUCGCGCGCCGUAUUGACAGUCUCCACCAGAUCGCCGCUGACAUUGUCAAGGAUGCUGGCGCGGGCGUCAAGGUACUACCAGUUCAGCUCGACGUUAGCAAUGCAAACGAGGUGCGAACAUUCGCGGAUAAAUUGCCCGAUGAAUUCAAGGAGAUCGAUGUUUUGGUAAACAAUGCUGGUCUGGUCCGAGGUAUAGCCAAGGCACCCGAGAUUGCGGAGGAAGACAUUGAAAUCAUGUUCAAAACAAAUGUGACUGGCCUGAUCAACAUGACACAAGCAAUAUUACCUGCCAUGCUGAAACGAAACAACGGCGAUGGGGCUGGUGACAUUAUCAACAUCGGAUCCAUCGCGGGCCGUGAGCCAUAUGUCGGCGGUGGAAUUUACUGCGCGACCAAAGCUGCUGUUCGGUCAUUCACCGAGAGCUUGCGCAAGGAACUGAUUUCGAAGCGUGUCCGUGUCAUUUGCAUCGAUCCCGGCCAGGUGGAAACUGAGUUCUCGGUCGUCCGAUUCUAUGGUGAUAAAGACAAAGCCGAUUCGGUCUACGCGUUAGUACCCAUGCUGAUUCAGACUGCCUUGUCUUAUCUAAAUUUUUACUUCUUUGAUAGGGGCUGUGAGCCAUUGACACCUGCCGAUAUUGCCGAAGCCAUCGUAUUUGCUGCUGGACGAAGGGAGAAUGUUGUUGUUGCGGACACCCUGCUCUUCCCAAACCACCAAGCUAGUGCCACUAUCAUGCACCGAAAUUUCAUUUAA